AUGGAACGUGUGGAGGAUGUUGGGGGUAAACGCAAAGUCCUUUCUCACUCCUUUUCAACGUUCAACACAAUCGCUUCCGUGUUGAACUUUAACCAUGGUCCAUGGAAUUGCUUUUCGCGUCAUCAAAUUUUGAUUAGGGAGAAAGUGAUCUUGGUCGAGGUGUUACAUGAGCUUCUAGAUGAUUGA